UGUGUGAAACUAAUAAUGUUUAACUCGUGCAACUCGUGGGAAACCUGCGAUUUUCCCUGCUCGGAAAAUACUUUUUAUGGCGACGAUGUCAAUUGUUUUUACGAGCCAGACAUUAAGCCACAGCAAGAGCAGCCACAAAAUUCGCCUAACGGCUUGAUUUACGGCCGCAGGCUCAUCAAUGAGCCCGCCGUAAACUUCAAUAACGGUGGCUUCUAUAACACCCAGGCAGCAGCACCACCACCGCCAAUGGUUGCCUAUGCCGCAUGUGGUGGUGGCGUGUACAACGACUGCUCGAGCCUGGAAAUGAGUUCAGCUUGCUCUGCGACGCGUUUUCAUCCGUACCAGCGGCAGGCGAACGAUUUUGGCCCAUAUCCGCCGGGCUAUGGCCAGCAGUCGAGCAUGCCCUAUGCCCGGCCAGCCUUGCCGUUGCUCAACCUGCCUGUGCCCUGUCGCGGCAAUCAGCCGUGGGGCUAUGAACACUGCUAUGGCUAUGGCCCGAGUCAGCCGGAGCCAUGCCAGUUUUCGCAAUUUGUGGAUAUCGAGGAUUUUAUGAAUAAUGAAAAGCGCAAGGAAAAGUCACGGGAUGCGGCACGCUCUCGUCGCUCCAAGGAGACGGAAAUAUUUGUGGAACUGUCGUCGGCAUUGCCCCUAAAGGCCGAAGAUGUGAAUCAGCUGGACAAGGCGUCUGUGAUGCGCAUUACAAUCGCCUGCCUCAAGAUACGUCAGAUGCUCAAGUUUUUGCCCGAUUGCGAUGCGGUCAAGCCGAAAGUGGAGUUUUUCGAAGAGGAUUGGCUAAAGUGUGCCGAGGCCAGUGAACUGUUGAAGCAAACCAUGGAUGGGUUUCUGCUGGUGCUAUCUAAUGAGGGUGACGUCACCUAUGUUUCGGAUAAUAUAAUGGAUUACCUGGGCAUAACGAAGAUCGAUACGCUCGGCCAACAGAUUUGGGAGUAUACGCAUCAGUGCGAUCAUGCUGAGAUUAAGGAGGCACUUAAUCUCAAACGCAAUGGCAUUGUUGACAAGGUCAAGGAUGAGCAGCUAAUUGAAUCGGGCAUUAGCACGCAUCAUCGUGAUCUAUUCGUGCGCAUGAAGUGCACUCUGACCAGUCGCGGGCGCAGCAUCAACAUCAAGAGCGCCUCUUAUAAGGUUAUUCACAUAACGGGUCAUUUGCGCGUCAAUAACAAGGGAGAGCGCGUAUUUAUUGCCAUUGGACGGCCCAUACCGCAUCCUUCGAACAUUGAAAUACCGCUGGGCACCAGCACAUUUCUGACCAAGCACAGUCUGGACAUGAAAUUCACCUAUGUGGACGACAAAAUGCACGCCCUGCUCGGCUAUCUGCCUGGUGAUCUGCUGGAGACGUCACUUUUCCAAUGCCAGCACGGCGCCGACUCGGAGCGUCUGAUGGCCAUCUUUAAGAGCGUGAUCAACAAGGGACAGGGCGAGACGUGUCGCUAUCGUUUUCUCGGCAAAUACGGUGGCUACUGCUGGAUCGUGACUCAGGCAACGAUUGUUUACGAUAAGCUAAAGCCGCAGAGCGUUGUCUGCGUUAAUUAUGUCAUCAGUAAUCUUGAGAACAAACAUGAGAUUUAUUCACUUGCGCAACAAACGGCGGCAAGUGAGGAACAGGCAAAGCAGCAACAACAACAACAACUACCUGAAACUAACAACGAAACAACAAUUGCUAAACAACAAGUUGCCGAUACAACUAAAGCAACAACUACAACAACAACAGCAACAACAACUUUAGAGCUAGUGGACAAACCCAAAGUGAUUGAGACUGCAAACGAAACAACAACAACAACAACAGCAACAAUAAUAACAACACCAACUGCAACAACUGCUGCUGCAACUAACCCACCACCAGCAACAACAACUAAAACAACAAUUAAAACAACUAGUGACAACAACAACAGCAACAACAACAACACCGUAACCUCAACUUUAGCUAACAAAACGCAGCAACUGCAAACCGAAUUGCUUAUCAAACGUGAAAAUAAUUCACCCGGACCGCGCACCAUCACAGCACAGAUUCUCAGCAACAACAACAGCAACAACAGCAACAACAGCAACAGCAAUUUGUUGCGCAUCGAAGAGAAACGUCCCAAAUCGGUGACUGCCUCACUCAUACGCAGCACUCCAGCUGCUGCUGCACCGAAGAAGGCAACAACAAUUGCUGCUCAAACGUUGCCGCCGACAACAACAGCAACAGCUGCCAUAUUGAACAACAAUUUGCAACAGCAACAGCAACAGCAACAAGUGCAGCAACAGCAACAACAACAACAACAGCAACAAGCACAAGAUAUGAAUAAAGGAUUCUUAUCGUUCGCUGAUGAAGGUCGAGGAUUAACAAUGCUGAAAGAGGAACCGGAUGACUUGUCGCAACAGUUGGUCAACGGCGCGUCCGGCAUUCACUUGGACGAGCCCUUUGGCGAGAUUUUGGUGGGCUUGAUGAACUCCUGCCUGCUGCCCGAUGAGAUUGGCUCGCUGGACUCGACCACCUGCUCGACGACGGGCAGUGUGACGCACUAUCACAACAACAGCAACAGCAAUAGCAGCAUUAGCAGCACCAACAACAACAACAACAACAGCAGCAGCAACAACAACAACAACAGCAGCAGCAACAGCAAUAACAACAGUUACAACAGCAAUCGUCAGAGUUUAAACACAGCUGCAAUUGUUGCUGGCACAGCGAGCAGCAGAAACAACAGCCACAACAACAACAACAGCAGCAACAGCAACAGCAGCAACAGCAGCAGCAACAGCUCCAACAGCCAGCAGCAAGAGAAUGGCAACAGCAACAGCAACAGCAGCAACAUUGAUCCCUUGUUCAACUAUCGCGAUGAAUCGAAUGACACCAGCUGCUCCCAGCAUCUGCACUCGCCCAAGACGCCCGAGGACAGCAGCCUGCCGUCGCUGUGCAGCCCGAACUCGCUGUCGCAGGAGGACGACUUCACGUUCGUUGACUUUGGCAUGCGCGCUCCUUAUAUACCCAUGGGCGAUGAUAUGCCGCUGCUGACCGAGAGCGAUCUCAUGUGGUGUCCGGCGGACGAUUUGCCGCCCAUAGUGCCCAAGGAUGUGGACAGCAUGCAGCAGCAUUUGCAGCAAUUGCAGCAACAGCAGCAGCAGCAACAGCAAUAUAACAGCUACCAGCAACCGUUGCAACAGCACUCGCAGCAACAGCAACAUUUUUCCAGUUCGCUGUGCUCCUCGCCUGCCUCCACAGUGUCCUCGCUGUCGCCAUCGCCCGUGCAGCAGCAGCAGCAGCAGCAACAGCAUCAACAGCAGCAGCAACAGCAGCAGCAGCAGCAGCAGCAACACUCAAAUGUCUACACCACCGGCUCCAGCGAGCUGGCCGCCUUGCUCUGCGGCAGCGGCAACGGCACGCUCUCGAUUUUGGGCAAUGUCUCUGGCGAGGAUCGCCUGCAGCAGAAUGAGCAGGACUUGCGCAGCUUCCAGCAAAUGCAGCCGGCGCUGCAGCUGGAGGAGGAGGAGCAACUCGAGCGCGAGCAGCCGACAUUUUUCCAGCAGCAAAUGUUGCUGAGCAUUGGCAGGCAGUGCAAGAAGGAGAAGUUCGAUGUCUCACUGUCCAGCAGCCUGUGUCCCUCGAUAGAGGAUGCAUUUCACAACGACUACAGCAAAGAUUCCACCAAUUUGGAUUGGAGCGAUUUGUUGCAAAUGAAUGUGGCGGUGCCCAACACCAGUCCCGCGGUUUCUCCAGCGCCCAGCAAAGUGACAAUGUUGCCGCUAUUGCAACAACAACAGCAGCAGCAACAGCAGCAGCAGCAACAGUUGCCACAGCAACAGCAGCAGAAUAUCAUAUUGAAUGCCGUGCCAUUAAUAACCAUUCAAAAUAAUGCGACAAUGUUGCAGCAGCAGCUGCAACAGCAACUACAGCAACAGCAGCAGCAGCAGCAGCAAUCGGAGGAGGAGUUGCAGGAGUUGAUGCUGCCCAGCAAGCAGCCGGCCAAGAGGCUAUUGAAUGGCACCAAGGCAACCAUACGCCUGGUGGAAAGCAAAAUUACGCCAGCAACAAAGGCAACUCUGGUGCAAACGCUGUCGCCACAGCAACAGCAGCAACAGCAGCAGCAGCAGCAGCAGCAGCAACAUGGCAACAAGCGUCAUUUGAACAGCCAAUCGGCAGCUGGCAAUGUUGUGGAGUCGAAGCGUCUCAAGAGCGGAACACUCACCCUGGAAGUGCAAUCGCCACAGCUGCUGCAGCAGCUGAUGGGCAAGGAGCAACAGCAACAGCAGCAGCAGCAACAGCAGCAGCAGGCAAACAAGCGACACGCAAGCGAACGCUGGUCAACAGCAGCUGAUGCCAAGCAGCAGAAGCAACAGCAGCAGCAGCAGCAACAUCAUCAACAGCAGCAGCAGCAACAGUCGAACUCUGUGCUUAAGAAUCUGUUGGUUAGCGGACGUGAUGCAAAUAACAAUGAGGACGCAGCCGUGCCCAUGAUCAUCGACGACAACUCUCUGGAGCAGGUGGUGGCGCCCACUCUCGUAUCGGCCGACGCCUUCAAGUACUCGAUGCCGCUGCACUGCCACACGGCAACUGCCUCGGUGCUGCGCAACUAUCGCCACAAUCCGCUGAUCAGCGGCACCAAUCUGCAGCUGUCGCCGGUCUUUGGCAGCGGCGAGGCAGCCAGCCCUCUGGGCGGCGACGGCGAUGCCAGUUCUGUGGCCUCCUUAGAUGAUUCCAUGCCGCCGGGCCUGACCGCCUGCGACACGGAUGCCUCCAGUGACAGCAGCUUCGAUGAGAGCAGCCUGGCCGACGCGGGCUCGCCGCAAAUGCAGCGGCGCACCGAGCAAAUGGAUGUGGCCUCGGUGCCAGAGGCUCCGCCUCCGCAGCUCUCCGAGGCAGAGGCAGAGGAGGAGGACUUCUGCCAGCAGCUGAGGAGCAAGGCGACCAGUCGCAAGUCAUCGAUAUCGUUCAUAGACAGCAGCAAUCCGCUGCUGCGCACCCCCUACCUGAUGGACCUGUGCAACGACGACUACAACAUGACCGAGGAGAGCAGCUUCGAGCUUGACGGUGUGCUGGACUGUCUCCAGAUACCCUAAGCGCCUGUGCAACAAUCACGGUAGACAGACAGGCAGGCAGGCAGGCAGGCAGGGAGGCAUUGCAUUUGUUUUUUACGUAGGCUUUUCUUAUUUUUCUUUUUGGGUUUCGUUUAGUUUGGCAUUUAAGGAAGUGAAAUCAAAACAUAAACAAAAGAUUGAAUUUUGAGCCUUACGUAAAUUUAGAAAUUAAAAA